AUGGCAGAUGCGAUGCGAGUGAAGAAUGUUGAGACGGUGGAAAUUGAUGGCCAUGAGAUUGACUCGUGGUACUUUUCCCCAUAUCCACCGCACCUAACCAACACGGGUCGUCUCUUCAUCUGUGAUGCCUGCCUCAAGUACUCCACCACUCCCACCGCCUACGAGCGACAUCUGGCCAAGUGUCAGCAGGUCAUCCCGCCAGGAGAGGAGGUUUACCGUGCCAGGCUCGUCCCUCCCGCCCCUACUGGCCCCACCGCUGCACUUCCUCCUGCCUGCGCAUGUGAGAGGGGCGAAGGCAUACAAGAGUGCAAACCGAUGGCCGAACGGGAAGGCGGGAGCGGUGGAGAUGGGCGUGGGGAAGGUUCAGAGGCAUGUGGAGGUGUGGUGGUUGCUGCUGGGGAGGGUGUUGCUGCUGGUAGUGCUCGGGUGGAUGGCAAUUUGGCUGCUUCGGCAGCUGCUGCUGCUGUCGCAGCUGCGGCAGCAGCAGGACAUGCAGCAGUCGUAGGUGUGGGGAUGGGAGGAGGGGGAAGAGGAGGGGAAGGAGGAGGGAGAAGGGAGGGGAGUGAGACAGGGACGGCAGCUACAGGGACGGAAACAGCUGCUGCAGCAGAAGCGUUUGCGGGGCUGCAAUUUAGAGUACCAGGGGGGGGCGUGGGAGUGGGAGGAGGGGACGAUGGAACUUCUGGUUCUGAUGCUGCUGCUGCCCCUGCUGCUACUGGUUCGGAUGCCAAGGAUGCUGACCUGGAAAGGGGCCCUGCUGACGUGGCUGGCAUGGGCAACAGUGUGUCUGCCAGGGAUGCUGACGUGGACAGGAAGGGCAGUGCGCGGAAACAGGAGGGAGAGGGAGGGAAGGGAGAGGGUGUGAAGGGAGAGGCUGGGAGGGAUGGAAGUGGGAAGGAAGGAAGUAGGAAGGGAGAAGGUGGGGUGGGAGAAGGUGGGGAGGGAAGUGAGGCCAAGGGUGAGGCGCAGGGGCAGGAGAGGGGGGGGUCAGUUGGAGGACGGAAGGAUGCAGAAAGCAAGGGGUUUGAUGCGGUUCAGACGGAUGCAGAGAGGCGGGGUGAUGGAGGAAGGGAAGAAGGAGGGGUUAGAAAGGCAGAGGAAGGAGGAGGAAAGGAAACCGGUGGCAGUGGUAGUGGUGGUGAUGGUGGCGGUGGAGGUGGCAGCGGCAUGCUGCAUGUGUUCAGGGUGGAUCCAGCUCAUGCAAAGCUGUACUGCCAGGUGAGUGAAGUGUGGGUGCGGUGCAGUGGGCAGGGAAGUUCACAAGGGGAAGAGAUGGUGGUGGAGAGGGAGGGGGCACAGGCUGCAUGUGUUCAGGGUCGAUCCAACCCAUCCAAAGCUUGUUGGUUGGUAGCAGUGGUGGAUGUUACAUGCUGCAUGGCCACGAGUGUCCCAUCAACCUCCUCUGCUGCUCCUUUCCCUUCACCACACCUUCUUACCCCUUGUCUGCAGUGCCUCUCCCUACUGGGCAAGCUCUUUCUGGAGCACAAGCCACGGGUGUACAUGUGCCUGUCCCUCCUGGGAAAGCUCUUUCUGGAGCACAAGCCGCGGGUGUACACCGUUGAGGGUCACACCUUCUACGUUCUCACAAGGGGUUCUGACACUUGGCACACUCUCAUUGGCUACUUUGCCAUUGAGUCUUCCCCUCCUGCCAGCCCACCACCCAAGCAUGACUCUCUAGCAGCUGGCACUGAGACGGUCGAUCCACACAGGCUCGAAGCAAAGGCAGAGGCGGCACCUAAUGCGGCUCAAAAGCUGGGUAGUUCACACAGGAUGGAAGUUGAGGCGACUCUUGAGGUAAUGCAGAAGCCGGCCGAACCACACAGGCGUGAAGCAGAGGAAAAAGCGACGCCUAAGGCUCCUCAAGGGCCAAGUGAUUCACACAGGCGGGAUGAGACGUGCACAGCAGCAGCCAACACAGCAGGGGACACAGGAGGAGGGUUGGCGGCGGCACAGCCAUUGCCACAUGAGGCACUUCACAGCUCGCCAUCGCCAUUGCCACCAUCGCCUUUGCCACCAUCGCCAACACCACCCGCGGAGGUGCACCUCUCCAGUGUCGUUGUGCUGCCUCCCUUCCAGCGACGGGGGUUUGGCCGAUGGCUCCUCUCAGUCGCCUAUGACAUGACAGCAGCCCGUCAGCAGCUUCUGGUGCCCAAGCCCCCCCUCUCUGACCUGGGCACUGUGGCCUUCAGAAGCUACUGGCGCUGGCAGCUGCUGCGCUCUCUGAAGAAGCUUCAAGGAAACUGCAGCAUUGAUCGCACAUCCCUCCAUGCCUGCUGUCUGAUACAACUGUUGAGACACGCCAAAGAAUGCACUGCACACCGCAUCCCCGCUGUCUCACAGUCACACUCCAACUGA